CCCGGGGCAGCCCCUCGGUGCGGGGUCGGGGCCGGAGCCGCGGGCGGUGCCGGGGGCGGUCCCGGGGCGGAGCCGAUCCCGAUCCCGAUCCCGGUGCCGGGGCAGCGGCGGAGCCGGGGCAUGGCGGGCCUGGGCUCCCUGGAACCGGGCACCGGCCCCGGCCCCGUCCCGGCCACCCGCGUGGAGAUCACCGUGUCCUGCAGACAGCUCCUAGACCGGGACACCUUCUCCAAGUCGGACCCCCUGUGUGUGCUGUACACGCAGCGCCCGGGCAGCCACCAAUGGCGGGAGUUUGGCCGGACCGAGGUCAUCGACAAUUCCCUGAAUCCCGAUUUCCUGCGGAAGUUCGUGCUGGAUUUCUGCUUCGAGGAGCGGCAGAACCUGCGCUUCGACCUGUACGACGUGGACUCCAAGAGCCCCGACCUCUCCAAGCACGAUUUCCUGGGCCAGGCCUUCUGCACCCUGGGCGAGAUCGUGGGCGCUGCCGGCGGCCGCCUGGAGAGACCCCUCACGUGA